AUGUCCGACUACCAACAGUAUCACUCUUUGGCACAAGGGGAUCCAAAUGAUCCAAGGAAUCAAAACCGAAAUGCACAACAAACACCAAACCAAUUCCAACCUCCAGUAGCUCCUUCGCCGUAUGGACAACCUGGCGCAACUUAUGGUCAAGGACAAGUUCCACAACAGCCUUACGGAGUCCCCCAAGCAUCACCAUAUGGGGCACCGCAAGACCCCGGAUAUUUUCCAAAUCAAGGUCAGCAACCACAAGAUGGAGGUCUAGCAGCCCAGAUGGGGGGUAUGAGUCUAGGUGGAGGAGAAGUCGCCACAUACGGGAGAAAGAAAAAGAAGGACAGACAUGCCUACCAUAAUGUCGAAGCUCCAUCUGGCUCCUCAGCUGCCUUCAAUGGCAUUCCAGCAAGCGGAGUCCCUCCUUCUGCCUAUCUCAACGCGGAUCCUUCGACGAUGCCAGUUGGACCAAACAGUCAAUUCAUGAACCAACCGAUUACGCCUCAGAUGUCGCAGUUUCCAGCCCCCGUGGGCGCUCCUUUCAACCCCGCCGUGCCAGUCUCGCCAGCGGAGUUUGCCUCACGGAACGGUGCGGCACCAGAUGGUUUCGCAACAAAUAUACAAGCUUCUGCGCAAGGUGCAGUGGAUCCAGAUCAGGUACCAAGUGUACCAAGGUCGAGAGAUUCGCUAGCUCCGUACUAUUUGAAAAAUCAAUACCCCACAUUCGAACACCACAUACCUCCUCCAGCCUCUGUUUCCUUUAUUGCGUUCGACCAGGGCAAUGCUUCACCCAAGUUUACACGUUUGACAUUCAACAAUAUACCCUCGAACGCGGAGGCACUUGCAACUACGAGUCUUCCUCUAGGGCUGUUACUGCAACCUCUGGCACCCCUAUCAGCGGGAGAGGUUGCGAUUCCGGUACUGGAUUUUGGCGACACGGGACCACCGAGAUGUCAUCGAUGCCGAGCGUAUAUCAAUCCAUUCAUGGUAUUCAGAUCUGGAGGGAACAAAUUCGUCUGUAACAUGUGUAACUAUGCGAAUGAUUGCCCGCCAGAGUACUUUGCUGCAACCAAUCCACAAGGCGCACGUGUAGAUAGGGAAAUGCGCCCGGAGCUGAUGCGGGGGACAGUGGAAUUUUUGGUACCAAAAGAAUACUGGAAUAAAGAACCAGUAGGGCUAAGGUGGCUAUUCUUGAUCGAUGUCGGCCAGGAAGCCCUGAAUAAAGGAUUCUUGGAAUCGUUCUGUGAGGGAAUUAUGGUCGCUCUAUACGGCAAUGACCACAAUUCAGAGGAGAGGAAAAUUCCAGAAGGUGCAAAGGUUGGCUUCGUGACGUUUGACAAAGAUAUCCACUUCUACAACAUGAACCCCGUUCUCGAACAAGCUCAAAUGAUCUGUAUGCCGGAUAUCGAUGACCCUUUCUUACCUCUGAGCGAAGGACUGUUCGUUGAUCCUUACGAAGCAAAAUCGAAUAUCACAUCUUUACUAACCCAGCUACCUGCACUAUUUUCACAAGUCAAAAACCCAGAACCAGCGCUUCUUCCAACAUUAACUGCGGCAUUGGCAGCUCUCGAGAAAACCGGCGGUAAAAUAGUUUGCUCACUAUCGGCACUGCCAACUUGGGGUCCUGGUCGAUUGUUCCUCAGAGACGACGGAAAGCAACAUGGAGAUGCCGAGAAGAAGCUGUUUGCGACAGAGCAUCCUGGCUGGAAAAAAAUGGCUGAGAAGAUGGUUGCUGCUGGAGUUGGUGUAGACUUUUUCUUGGCGGCCCCAGGAGGUGGUUACUUGGACAUCGCAACCAUCGGCCAUGUUUCUGCAUCAACUGGUGGAGAGACCUUCUACUACCCCAAUUUUGUCUCACCAAGGGACUCGGCAAAGUUAUCACAAGAGAUAAUGCACACCGUUCAGCGAGAGACCGGAUUUCAAGCGCUGAUGAAGGUUCGAUGCUCGAAUGGUUUGCAGGUAUCCUCUUAUCACGGCAAUUUUGUACAACACAAUUUUGGUGCCGAUGUGGAAUUUGGAGUUAUUGAUGCCGACAAAGCCAUGGGUGUUAUGUUCAGCUAUGACGGCAAACUUGACGCAAAACUCGACGCCCAUUUCCAGAGCGCCUUGCUUUAUACCACAGCAAAUGGCGAACGUAGGGUCAGAUGCUCCAACGUAAUUGCGAGCGUUAGCGACAGCGUCAUGGACUGUAUGAAAUUUGUCGAUCAGGAUGCUGUUUAUUGCCUUAUGGCAAAGGAAGCAGCUUCAAAGAUGACAACCUCUACCAUGAAGGAGAUUAGGGGUGCGUUGACGGAGAAGACUGUAGAUAUCGUAGCAGGAUAUCGGAAGAUUCGCUCUGGGUCACAUCCUCCUAGCGAACUUGUUCUCCCCGAAAACUUGAAGGAGUUAGGUAUGUACAUCCUAGGAUUGAUCAAAUCACGAUCAUUCAAGGGUGGACAAGAGCCCACGGACAGAAGGGUCCAUGAUAUGCGCAUGCUCAAGGGUAUGGGUGCUCUUGAACUGUCCCUUUACCUGUAUCCACGGAUGAUUCCAAUCCACAAUCUCCAACCCGAAGAUGGUUUCCCAGAUCCGGAAACUGGUCACCUACGUAUGCCACCCUCUGUUCGAUGCUCAUUCUCUCGGGUAGAGGAAGGUGGGGUCUAUCUCAUUGAUAAUGGUCAGAACUGCUAUCUUUGGAUGCAUGCACAAACUUCGCCAAAUCUCAUCAUUGAUCUGUUCGGGGAAGACAAGGAUUCUUUGAAGGCGCUGGAUCCUUACAGCUCCUCACUACCAGUUCUACCUACACAUAUCAGUGCUCAAGUCCGAAACAUUCUUGAGUUUUUGAAGACGAUGCGUGGAUCCAAGGCAUUGACAAUCCAGCUAGCUCGACAAGGGCUGGACGGUGCAGAAUACGAAUUCGCUCGCCUCUUGGUGGAAGAUCGUAAUAACGAAGCGCAAAGCUAUGUGGAUUGGCUGGUACAUAUCCACCGUCAUGUGCAAUUGGAGUUGACUGGACAGAGAAAAAAGGAUGAUGGCGGAGAUAACUCAGUAAUCUCGAAUUUUGCAGGACUAAGACCGCCAUAUUGGUAA